CAAUGCGAAUAACUUUUUGAGGAUGAGAAAUGAAACCCAACGGGGAUAAAAUAGACAUAACCUGUUGCAAAUCGUCCGCAACCCUUUGUGCAAUCGAUGUAGAAGAAGAUUCAGGUAAAUUAAACAAUAGUACAUUAGAGCUCCGUCUUUUACGCUCCUCAAUUUCGGCCACAAUCACAUUAAGAUCAGAUGAAUUGUUAUUAGGCAUUGUAUUAGACGUCUUAAACGCUGCCCAUUCCUCCUGAAUUAGUCGUACAUUAUCCUCAACGGUUGUUAAUCUGUCAUUGAUAGCUUUGAAGUGAUUUUCAAUAGUUUGUUUAAUGUCCUGUUGCACCACACUUAGUUGUUUUAUAAUGAUUUCCUCAAUUUUUUCAAUUGAGAUUAUGUUACUAGAAGGCGAGCAUUUAGGACAAAUCCAAGAAGAUUUGUCGUUUAUUAUUUCAGCUAUUUCAGACUCACUCAGUUUUAAACAUUUAAUAUGUGCAUGUUUUUUGCAUGUACCACAUUUUGUAGAAGGAGUCGUAGGGGUGAUAGCAUUCUCACAAAUUAAACAUAGAACUGCCAUAUUAAUAGGAUAACAAGGAAACAAUUCUUCACACCAACGCGGUCCGUCGUGGUGACUGACAGUACUUGACAAACAGACUAGACCAGGGAAGGUAAAACAAAAGAGACAGAGGAUACAGCUAUAUUGUAGCAAAAAGCUAAAGCUAAUUAAUCAAUAAAACCAAGAUAACGUUAUCACGUGAAAGGGCAAAAAAUGCAGAAGCCACGUACAAAAUAGAGAAACCCCUUAACUUACGCAAUCAAAAGGCGACAACAGUGACACAGGGCGUAGAUAAUCCUAAUUUCCAGACACUGUCCAAAAUUCAAGAAAAAACAAGGCACUUUAACCACUAAAAAUUAAUUAAAGAGAGAGUGUCGGUCUUAUCACUGCUAAUACGCUCUAACCUAAAUUUAAAAUUUAUGUUUCGACUCAAAAAAACUCGUGCCUUUGAGGAUUGCUUUCAAUGUUUCUUUCUACCAGUGGGGUGAAUUUUUCACCGAAACACAUGACCACUUUGUCGACGACGGUCACGUGUACAACUAUGUCGACAUGGACGAUCUUUACAACCAGCAAGAGGAUACAUUCAGCAAAUUAUUGCUUUCUGAGUACCUUACUGAUGAAGUUUAUUUGAUUAAGGGACAAAUGCUGCCAAGUUACAUCUUCAAAUAUGCACAGUUCGAUAAGGCGUCGUUGGUUUAUGCCAACACGGUACCACAAUGGAGUCCUUUUCGUAAUGUAUUUAGCGAAUUUGUGAACAGCUUCGUUACUGGGCUGACGCUGAAACCAAAGUCGUACGUGGUUGGUACCGUCGGGGUCGCCACGCUGAAGAACUCCGAGGGUAAAUUGGUGGAGCUUUACUUAGACGUUGUUGGGAGUACAGUACCUGUUCCGAAGUGGAUAUGGUUCACGUUUGAAGGUAGCUUUACGAUUUACGGGUACAAUAACCCAUAUUACGAAGAUUCAGAAGUGGAAGCCGAAUUUAACACCAUGUGUGUAGUCCCUAUUUCCACUGAGAAAUUUAAAGAUAUGUGGGUGGGGAUUUGUGCGGGAGAUCCAUACGUCGAACCGUAGCAGUUUUUAAGGUUAACCACCUCUUGUUGAGAUAUUUUACGAAAUAAAAAUGGAAUUACUACUA